AUGGCGGUGCGGCGGAAGGCCCAGGUCACUCCGGUGUACUGGGUCCCCCGCCUACGUCUUCUCACUUCCCUCAUCAUCUCCAACUCCCAAGGCUACCGCCGGUCGGCUCCUCUCCACCUACCUCUCUCCCUCCGAUCCGGAAUACCUCAAUCUCCCCCCUUAUACUCCGUACCUCCCGCCGCUAUCCUAUUAGUCGCAACCCUUCGAACUACACAUUUCUUCUCUUCGUCUACUGUGGGCUCCCCUGAAAUCACCAUGCCCUCUAUCCUCAGCGAUUCCGACAAGGAGACUGUCAAGCGGAAUGUCCCCAAACCCGCCAACAAGAUCCUCGCCGUAGCUGUCGCACGACUCUACGUUGCCUACCCCGACGGACAGCGAUGGACAUUUACCGGUAUUCAAGGGGCUGCAGUUCUCUGCAAUGACCUCGUAGGAAGAACCUUUUGGCUGAAGAUAGUCGAUGUCUCGCCUGCUGGAAGAGGCGUGAUAUGGGACCAGGAGCUCUAUGACAACUUUGCUUACAACCAGGACCGAACCUUCUUCCAUACAUUCGAACUUGAAGACUGCGCCGCCGGAUUAUCCUUCGUUGACGAAAAGGAGGCCAAGACCUUUAUCAAGAAGGUGCAUGAGCGGGAGAAACAUGCGAGCAAAGAGACACUCAAGACCCCGUUCGCAUCAACCCGGGGACAGGGGCCGGCUCCUAUUGCCAAUGGGAAGGUUGGUCGGUCUUUGUUCGGUAGCUUGCUGCAUCGUUCGAGCGCAGCUCCAAGUGCGCCGCCGCCGACAGCACCUGCGCCGACAAUACAGGUUGCUCCUCCCCCGACACUGGCCCCAAGCGCGCCUCCAAGUGCGCCUCCAAGUGCGCCUGCUGCUAAGCCAGACCUGCCAUUCGAUGCAAAGCUGUUGGACGAGCUCAAGGAGAUGGGAAUUACCGAAGACCAAAUUGCCGAGAACUCCGAUUUCAUCAAGAUGUACAUUGAUCAGAAGCAAGCGGCAGCUCAACCAGAGCCUGCCGAGGAACAGAGCAAGCCUAAAGCCGCCCCUCCUCCGCCUCCUGCUCCAAAGGUGAACACAAUCAGCCCUCAAGACACAGGAUCCAGCUCGUCAAGCCGACGCGGCCCCCCACCACCCCCUCCAUCUCGAAAGGCACGCCCCGAAGCAGCAGAGGAACCAGUUUCUCCUCGUGAACCAUCUCCGCCUGCCCGCAGAUUCAACGCUCCUCCUCCACUUGCAGAUGCAGGCAAAUUUGCCGAACCAGCUGGCCCGGCGCCGCCGCGCCGUCCACGCGCAACAUCGAAUGUUAAUCCUGGUCCUCCGCCGCCACCGCGCCCCCCGAAAACCCCCAUGGAAGAGAACCAACCUAGUCAAUCUCGAUUCGGGGUACCACCGGCGUUCUCUGGUGAUCGCAAGGUCUCCGCGCCGCCGGCACCACCAAGCCGUAGCCCUGCACCAGGUGGACCUCCUCCCCCGCCGCCUCGUGCGAUGAGCCCAGCAGCACCACCCCAAUUACCGCCUAAAGUUCCGGCUACAACUACUAUGACAGGGCCCCCUCCUCCUCCACCCGCCAGGGGUCCUGUAUCUCCACCACCGCCUCCUCGACCUGUGCCAGCCGCGCCAUCUUCUCCUGCUGCGGUUCCACCACCACCGCCCCGUGGCCCAAUCUCGCCUCCGCCCCCUCCUCCGCCAUCUGUACCUACAUCAUCUCCGAGUCUUCCCCCUCCACCGCCUCCGCCGCCUGGCUCUGCGGCGCCUGGUGGCCCUCCACCUCCUCCUCCAGGGCGUGGCGGUCCUUCGAUGCCUCCUCCCCCGCCUCCUCCUGCAGGUGGUUCUGGGGCACCUGGAGGACCACCUCCACCCCCCCCUCCUGGUCGAUCUGGCGGUGUCCCACCUCCACCUCCCCCUGCUGGGGGUGCCGCACCACCCUUACCCAAGAGCACCGGUGGACGCGAUGAUCUCCUGGCGUCCAUCCGAGCCUCCGGUAGUGGAGGCCUGCGCAAGGUCAAAGACUCUGACAAGAAAGAUCGAAGUGCUGCCUUGGUGCCCGGUGGUGCUAACGAGUCUGCUGGGAGCCCCAGCGGAGGAGGUGCUCCUCAGGGUGGUCUGGCUGGCGCAUUGCAAGAUGCCCUCAACAAGAGAAAACAGAGGGUCAGCGGAAGUGAUGAUGAGAAAGACAACGAUGACGAUUGGUGA